AUGGAUCCUUUUGCUGUGUGCCAUGACCUACAAGGGGACGAAAAGACCGAUUCCGAUCCAACUUCAGGCCCAGAUGAGCGACUGAACCCGGAAUUGGCAGCUGAAGAGACUCCUACUCAGCCGGUCCCCCAGGGGCCAGCCGACGAAGAACAAACUUCAGCAGCAGAACCCUUCCAGCCGAUACUACAGCUUCUUGCAGAGCUUGAAAGGGAUGAUCCAAAGCUCGCCUUUCAAGCAGCUCGAAUUUUGGGACUCUAUCGACGACUUUGGGAUUCAUGCAUGUCGAAACAUACUGGCAGUGAGAAGCUCCGUCAGACCAACCAGGAGUUGAGAAGGGAGAAUACACGACUGGAAAAUGAAAAGGGGAUGCUUCUAGCUCAUCAUGAUGAGCAGCUAUCUCAGUUCGAUCAUUUAAAUCAAGCAUUGGAGGCGUCUCGGGGGCGAUUGCUCAGCAUUCUCAAUGAUUGGGAGCAGUGCUCGGAAGGCCAACUGGCAGGGCUGAUGAAUUGCGAGCGAGGUCAGUGA